UAUAAUAUUAAAUAAUGGGGGAAGCAUAUUCCACUCUUAAGUGGAAGUUCAAAGGGGGAAAGGCAUACAACGAAUAUGCUUUACAUCAAGAAACUGAAAGAAAUAAUGCAGAUAUUCUGGAUGCAGUAUGCAAACAAUAUUACUAUAUUUCAUUCAGACAGAAGAAAUCUAACAGUAUUUCAAUGAUUCUCAAAAACUUUCAAGAUAAGCAAGCACUGACAAAGAUAGAGAAGUUGGCUCCAAAAGUAGAGAAGCUGGAGUAUAUUGCCUUCCAUAACAUUCAGAAGAAUGACAAGAAGCUUAACAGGCUAUUAGGUCAGUUAAGAGUGAGCGAACUUAAAAGGAUCUACUUUGAUGGGAAUUCUCCAGGUUCACUAUUGUUCAGCUUUUAUGCCAGAAACAUUGUUAGGUUUCUUCCUUUAGCCCCUCAAUUGAUUCAAAUUAUUAAUUUCAAAGUAUCACACAGAGACUUUGGCAGAGUCCUAGUAUCUUGUGGGAGCUCUACUUGAGUACUAUUUCAAGCAUGCAGAAUUGUUAUCAAUGGGUUUGACUAUCUUGAUAAUGUUCAGCCUUUAAUAAGGACCAUCUCUUUGUCUAACAACACCAUCAUCCAACCAGAAGAAGACAAUGAGUACUUUGAUGGGCUCAUACAAAAAAUGGCAGAGUCAAGUCUGAGUGGCUCUUUAAGACAAGUCUCGAUUUGGGCUCCUAAUUCAAUAGAAGGCAGAAAUAAAAUUCUAGACAAGAAGGAGUAUACUAUCGGGGACCUUCAUGUCUGAGUUUACUAAGCAUACAUUUAAGGUGAUUUCAACUAUCAGUGAGGAGCCUUACUUGCUAGGUCCAAAUAAGCAUUUGAUAAUCAAAAUCUAGUCUUCAAUGACUCUAUUCUGGUCUUCUUGUCAUCACCCUAAAGCUGAAUUUUAGAGGAAUUUCCUGAUCCAAUCACCUUAAAUUCAUUGGAACGAUUAUUUGUUAAUAACUCAUCUUGGCCAAGUCCUCCAUAAGUCUAGUUAGUAAGGAAUGAUCUUAGCAGCAAAUAGAAAUUCUUAUUAAGAAAUUGACAUGUUGAGAUGGCAUCUAAAUUCAUAAUUCUUCGUGAUAUAUGAUGGGAACCACCCUUAAAGCCCACUUGCCUUCAAUGAUGCGGUAUAGCUCUUAGUGAUAGGAGGUAUGAAUUGAAUUAGGUGAUACAUCCGCAAUAGAGAGCUUAAGGCUUUGUAGAUUUGUAAGCCACACUCUUGCUAAUUUAGCAUAUACUAGUGGUAAAAGAGCAUAAAAAUCCUAAAAUCUUUCGUACAAUAACACCUUUCUUAUUUCCACUUGAAAUUGUUAGAAUUGGUCCUUGUGACAUAUUAUGGAAUGAAUGAAUCUAUAAGCACAACAUCAUUACAACUUUCAUAUGACUAAUUGAGACUUGAAAGUUGUGGAAUCAUGAGAAUAGAAGCGCAACUGAGGGUAGUUUCCUUAGAGCUUUCAGACCGUAGAGUCAUAACCUUUAUGAUAUUAUCUGAGCAUCUAAAAUGAUUCUGCAAGACUUUUAAUAUAUUUAGGCUAACUUUAAGGCUAGAUCUAACACCAGUCUGUAUUACUUUAGGCGUGAGAUGAGUUAUGUUUUAAUAAAAAUCAUUGUAUCUGCGUUGCCAUAAUUACUUAGAAUAUAUCAGGGAGACUAUGCUUAGCUUGAAUUGCUUGUUCAGUUAUUGCCAAUUCAUUUGGCUUGUUUGGCUUUACUCUGCUGGGCAUACAACUUAUGGUCAUAUUGGCAACGCUAAAAUAACAUCUG